AGCACAUCCGCGCAUUUCAAACCCUUGAAACUACUCUUCUUGAAAACACUGCGAUCCAGAGCGUAGGAGAGAUAAAAGAAGACUCGUUUGUACUUCAGAAACAUUAUUAGCUGCGUUAAUGUUCCAGAAUAUAAUCGUUUAUAUUAGACGUACCUUCAUUAAUUCGCCCUGCUACACGUUCGCAGCGGUUUCCGUCCUAGUUUUUACUAGUGGGGUGCCUUAGCGCGUUACUGCGCGCCGCGCGCUCAUUACGGCAUAAACUCCCCGACUCGGGGUUGGUGGUGUGGUCAGAGGGGAAUUCAUAAACCACUUAGAAAGGACACACGGCGACGUUUGACUAAGAGCACACGCGAGCACAUGUGCAGGGCUGUAGCCUCCCAUAGGUCCUGGCAGAGAAAUAAAAACAUUUAACACGACAUGCCCAAGGGACUUGUUUGACGCUGAGCUGCGAACAAGUUGCCCUUCGGGUACCUAUCACAAUAUGCCAACCUUAUAUUUAGAAACGAUGCUAAUUGUAACUGAGCAAGAGCACAGACUGUGAUUAUUGCUUAAACUGAAUUGAAGAUUAAUACUUAAUACUUGCACAUUUGUUAGUUUAAAAAUGUACCAGUGACGCCAUUGGAGUUUGUGAAGUUUGCUCGCUUUUGUUAGUUUCUAUGACAAAGUUAAAUCGCAGACCAGGAUAUCCAUCUGUCUGCUCGGAGUAGUAUGCCGUCUUCUCUUGGCCAGCUUCAGAACCACGGAACGAUGAACAGCUCCUUCUUCAACCAGACCUUCCUGACGCACGGCCUCUUCCUCAACCGGAGCCAGGACCUCGCGGGGACUCUGGUCGGCUGCUGCAACGGCAGUGGCAUCGCCACCACUGACGGCGGUUCUCUGGUUCUGCCUCCGGAUGAGCGGAAAAUCUUCAUCAUGCGGGUUGUGCAAAUAGCCGUGCUGUGCGUCCUGUCACUGACGGUAAUAUUCGGCAUCUUCUUUCUCGGCUGUAAUCUCAUGAUCAAAUCUGAGAGCAUGAUAAACUUUCUUGUACGGGAGCGGAGACCUUCUAAGGAUGUGGAAGCGGUAAUCAUCGGACUUAACUGACUUAAGCUGUUGACAUCUGCUCAAGGAGGGUUGCUGCUGGAUCAGUUUUGCGGUGCUCAAUUGAAUUGGUUUCAAACCUAAAACAAACUGAGCUGCCAACGAAGACGGUGAUAAGAGAGUCUGUCAACAAAGCCUUCAUCUGCCUAUUUGCUCUAGUUUUCAUUCAUAAAAGUUGGUUUGUAAUGAAGUUUUUUAUUUGUUGAGUUUUUACGUUUUAAUAUGCACUGGGGGAAAAGGACUCAUUGUUUUCGUUCUUUCAGGGGGGCGGAAAGCAACCGAUGUUACGUGUGAUUGUCUUUUACCUGAGCGCCCUCCUGCUAAAGUGGGUAAAGAAAAUGUUUACACGUUUCCUCUCGCAGUGAAAUCGUAAAUCGUGCGUGCUGUAUUUUUUACAUGUUUAUUGAGGACAGAUCCCGACAAUGCAUGCCGAUUCAUUGACUGAAUCCGUAGCCGGUAAAGAAUUUUUAAUGUGCUCUACAAAUGUGAAGUGUUUCUUUUUCGAGGAUUUGUUACUUUUAAUACGCACUCUCGGGGAUGAGUAUUGAGGCGGAAGUAUAUGUGCACGUUUAUCAAUUCCGCAUGUUACUUGUGCUAUUUUUAAACGGGUGUUUAACACAAAGAAGCAUGCGCGAUGGCGAUUACUUACGGUGAAUUUUAACUUCACUGUUUUUGCACAUCUUUCUAAUUCUCAAUACCUGCAUGACUUAAUUGCAACAGUAAAAACUUGAAUGAUUUGUGCACAUGUUUAUAAAAAAUAAAGAGUUUUUAUUGGCCGCUCGUUUAUUAUUUGUAACAUGCUAUGCCAAAAUGAACUGUCUGCGUUUACUAGUUACCAAGUCAUGAACCCGAUCACACCGUUUCCCAAUACCAGCAAAUUGCAAAACGAAUGAUAAGUUUUCAACAAACGCUUAAAACGAUGUUUUAGUUACUAAGCAUUAAUUUAAUCUUAAUAGCAGUAAGCAACAAUAUGAAUGUGCCGGGGGGGAAACUAAUGAGAUAAAUGCGUCAUUACUUGGCCUAUUGCUCAGAUUAGGGCGAUUAUUUGCGUUUACAAUUUAAUGGACUUGCUCAGUGUUUAUUCGUCUCGAUGACUAUAAUCGAGUGCAUUAAUAUCUUUUGCCAUUUAAUUUGAUUGAGCGAGUUGCUCGACAAAAUCACUGGCAGUUUGGAAAAGGUGCCUGCUCUAUGAUACCGCUACGCAUGGCAAAAGAGUUCCUUGCGUAACGUGCAGCAGCGCGGUGGUCUGGAACAUGUUGUCAAACACAUUGCCUUAUAUUAGUCUCCCUCUUUUCACUUCCUCGCAAUUUCGUCUUGGGCUCUCACGUAUACGUAGUAUUUUUGUUCCUAUUAGUGUGUUUAAAAAAUCAUUUGCCUCUAAAAACAAUUUUAAGACGCACAUUUCAGCCUCAUUCCCAUUUCAACACGAGAAUACACGAUUGCCUUUUUUUGAACCACAUUAGCAUAAAAUCUUCCAUUAACGUCUGGUUGAUUUUGUGUGAUUAUUCAGAGAAUAACAGACACGCGACAGCAGGACAUGCAACGGAAUUACUAAGUGUCGCUCUUGUGUCCAUGCAUGAGCGCACAUGCUUUAAAUAAUUUACUUAAAUGUACGCUACUGAUCUCAGUGUUCCAAACCAGGGAGAUAUACAUCUUAGAUGUAUGUUCCCCGCACUUUCGGAACGUGCCCAACAAGCUCUGUAUCACAAACACUCGAAGUGUAAAGCCAUGACCACCUUCAAACUGCAUCAUGGUCAUGUAACAAAUUGUCAGCAAUGUUCUUAACAUAUCAUACACCAAAAUGCAAGUAGAGCAAACUCAGAUUUAAUCAGACACAGGGGACUGGAAUAAUAACCAAAAUGAUCUUUCCACUUGCAAAAGGAAAAUCGAAAUAUUGAUGCCCAGUGUCAAAGUGACUGUAGCAUUUACAUUUCACUAUAUUAUAUUUGUAAUAAUUGUGAUAUUUUGAUGAAAAACUCUAAAUAAAAAUCUAAUAUUU